UAGGAUAAACCAGAGCAGUGGCAGCAGGGCGUUUCUAAAUUAUAAGCGCUGGGUAGAGAGCAGCGGGGGGACGGACCUACGCAAAACAUGGAGGGGAAAAGAGAAAGUCAAGUUGCACACUGAACGCCCAAACAGUUGCCUUUUCAAAAGCGGAAACACACGGCAAGGCCGCUGGUGGGACAAGGACAGAGUGACACUCCUGGAAUUCAGACUGACGGACUGACUGGUGACUGGUGCUGCCCAGGAUCUGCUUUUGCUCAGAAGAAGGCGUCUCUUCAGCAUCCUGAGCUCCUCCAUUUGUGAUUGCAUUUGAAGCAUCCAUUUAAGAGCAAACCACACGGAGUAUAACCCAGCAGCAGCCUAGUCUCGUCAAUAAUUAAUAGCGUCUUAAUGUCUACUGAUGUUUCUUUCUGAUUUAUGAUUGAGCUUUGAAGCCAUUACUGCCUUCUAUUAGAUUUCCUUCAGUGCUACCGCAGUGCUUCAUCUACAAGCUGUUGAUGCAAUAGAUCACAAUUGUCUCUUUAAUAAUAGUACAUCUUAUUGGAGAUUCAAAAACCAAUAGAGAGUGACAGUCGAGAAGUUCACUAUUAACGCCACAAGAUCAGUAUGGUGGAAGAGCCCAUUUAUGCCACAGGCAUGGCCGCCAGGCUGAGGAGCCAGUGGGAUCGUAAUGAAGGUCUUGGACAGAACCACAACGCGGUGAAGUUUCUGGGUCAGGACUACGAGUCUCUGAAAGCCCAGCACAUAGGGACCGGGAGACUGUUCGAGGACAGCAUGUUCCCUUGUGCCACCUCGUCUCUGGGAUUCAAAGAGCUCGGCCCGAGAUCUUCCAAGACCCAAGGAGUGCGUUGGAUGAGACCAACGGAGUUCUGCAAACGGCCCGAGUUCAUCGUAGACGGAGCUACUCGAACAGACAUCUGUCAAGGAGCUCUGGGGGACUGCUGGCUGCUGGCGGCCAUCGCCUCUCUGACCCUAAACGACGACCUCCUCCACAGAGUGGUUCCUCACGGGCAGGGCUUUCAGCAGGGAUAUGCUGGCAUCUUUCACUUCCAGUUCUGGCAGUUCGGGGAGUGGGUGGAGGUGGUGAUCGACGACCGGCUGCCAGUGAAGGACGGGAAGCUGCUGUUUGUCCACUCGGUGGAGGGGACUGAGUUCUGGAGCGCACUGCUGGAAAAGGCCUACGCCAAGUUGAAUGGCUGCUAUGAGGCGCUGUCAGGCGGUAGCACGUCAGAGGGCUUCGAGGACUUCACGGGCGGCGUGACGGAGAUGUACGAGCUGAGGAAAGCCCCCUCGGACCUCUUCAGCAUCAUCGGCCGAGCCAUAGAGAGAGGGUCGCUGCUGGGCUGCUCCAUCGACAUCACCAGCUCCUUAGACAUGGAGGCCGUCACCUUCAAGAAACUGGUGAAGGGGCACGCCUACUCGGUGACCGCGGUGGAUGAGGUGGUGUACAGAGGAAAUAUGACGAAGCUGGUUCGCAUCAGAAACCCGUGGGGGGAAGUGGAAUGGACCGGAUCCUGGAGUGAUAACUCCAGGGAGUGGGACAACGUAGACCGCUCCGUCAGAAGUCGCCUACAGAACCGCAGCGAGGAUGGAGAGUUCUGGAUGUCGUUCAGUGACUUCCUGCGCGAGUUCACCCGUCUGGAGAUCUGCAACCUGACUGCAGACGCCCUGCAGAACAGCCAGCUGAAAAAAUGGAGCUCCUCGCUGUACCAGGGAGAGUGGAGGAGAGGCAGCACCGCUGGAGGCUGCAGGAACUUCCCAGCAACGUUUUGGCUAAAUCCUCAGUUCAAGAUCGCUCUGCAGAACCCAGACACUCCUGGCAAAUCAGAAUGCAGCUUUUUGGUUGCCCUCAUGCAAAAGGACCGCAGGAAGAAACGGCAAGAGGGCAAAGACAUGGAGACCAUCGGGUUUGCAGUCUAUGAGAUUCCACGGGAGUUUUCAGGAAAGUCUGGGGUUCACCUCAAGAAAGAUUUUUUCCUCACUCACGCCUCCAGCGCUCGCUCAGAGCUCUUCAUCAACUUGAGGGAGGUCAGCUCGCGGUUGUGCCUUCCGGCCGGGGAGUACAUCGUCGUCCCGUCCACCUUCGAGCCCAACAAAGAGGCCGACUUCGUCCUCAGAGUUUUCUCGGAGAAGCCCGCAGCGUCUGAGGAGCUUGAUGACGACGUCGUAGCGGAGAUCCCAGCAGAGGUCCAGCUAGAUGAGAGCCAGAUUGACGCAAGCUUCAAGAAUCUCUUCAGACAGCUGGCGGGGGCGGACAUGGAGAUCAGUGUGACAGAGCUGCAGACCAUACUGAACAGGAUCAUCAGCAAACAUAAGGACCUGAAGACGGACGGCUUCACAAAAGAAGCUUGCCGCAGUAUGAUAAACCUCAUGGACACGGACGGCAGCGGCAAGCUGGGCCUCACAGAGUUCCAUGUCCUCUGGGAAAAGAUCAAACGAUACCUGACAAUAUUCAGACAGUUUGACCUUGACAAAUCGGGCACUAUGAGCUCCUACGAGAUGAGGAUGGCUCUUGAAUCUGCAGGUUUCAAGCUGACCAACCACCUGUUCCAGUUGAUCAUCCUGCGGUACACGGAAGAAGACAUGGCUGUCGACUUUGACAACUUUGUCACCUGUCUGGUCCGACUGGAGACGAUGUUCAAAACCUUUAAGACCAUGGACACAGAUGCAGAUGGUGUCAUAUCUCUAAACUUCUUUCAGUGGAUUACCCUGACCAUGUUUGCCUAGAGCUGAGUGGACGUCCUGCUCUAGCUCCAGUCCCAGUAUCCGUUUGAUUUAUUAUCAGAAGUGCCUUUCCUCCUUCAGUUCUUCCUCCCCUCCAUGCCGCUCGCUGCGGAGGGCCUAUGAUGCUAAAAUCCUGUAGAUUUAUCCUUACAGUGCCUAUAUUGGAAAUGCGUGCCAAUCCUUUACAUGUGGCUGAAAGAGGCUCACUUCUCGUAGCCUGGCAGAUUUUAGCUACUCAAGCUGUUAUGAAGCUACUCUGAAGGCAAAUAUACAAUUUUUGGUUCAGUUACAGUGGGCACAGAUAAACUUUACACUUAAUGGGAAAGUUUUAUUAUUAUUAUUAUUAUUAGUAGUAGUAGUAGUAAGUCAUCUAAGUUCAGUCAGUAUUCAAAAUGCCUUUUAAAGUUUGGCUAUUACUGGCAUUUGAGUACUGUUGAAUUUAUCUCAUUUACAACAAAAUCGCUGCCAUCAGAGAAGAAAGAUGCCUAGCUAGUUGCUGUCAGGCUGUAGAAGCUAACUUAAAAAAGGGGCUUAAUAAUGAAUUAAGCAGUUAAUUCCAACAAAUGGAACAAUAAGCAUUAAUGCGUGUUAAUAAUAUGAACACUUUUGUUCAUAUUUAGCGGAAAUUCUGUUUUCCAUAUUCUCACAUUAGCCAGUUAGCUAGCAACAAAAUUGUUACUGUUCUGUAACUCGACCAAUAAGAUAAUUUUAACCUCCACUGUGGAAGCAAAACUUUUUCCACUUUUAAGCAAAUUUUAACAAACUUGUUUUAGUGUUUCUUAUUGGGGAUAAGAAUAUCAACAAUCAAAGGACUUAUUAGCAAUCUUUAUUUUGAAAUGUGCGCCUAAUAAUCAUUUGGUUGCUACUGAUACUUCAGUCAGUAGUAUACAGUCACCUGCAGAGGGUAAUCUCUGAUCUUAUUUUUUGAGAAAAUAUUUACAGUGACUUCUUGUCAUUGUCAGUGCCAGACACAAUCAAAGCGAAGCGCCAUUAAGCAUGCUAGCUAGCUUAUUUUUGGUGAAAAUAUUUAGAAAGUCAAUGGCAAAUAAUUUGAGUGGUGCCAUGCAUCAUACUUGCACUAUGUGAUGCUUGUCAGUUUAAAAGAAACAUUUUCCAGGAAGCUCAUAGUUAGUUGCUCUGGAAGUGAAUGAGUAUUAAAGGCAUGAAAAUCUAAUUAGCUUGAUCUUUAGUAGCUCUUGGUAGCUUUGGGAGAAAGUUCUGAUGAUGUGUGCAACUUUUGCAUGUAGGAUGUCUCUAAUUGAGCAUUUUCACAUAUUCCAAAAAAGUUUUAUGACAAAUCUGUGCAAAAAUAUGCAGUUCAUGGCAAAAUUGUAACAGGAUCAAGAAAUGAUAGGACAUACACGCGCACACACACACCAUCCAGUAAAAAGUAUGUAUGUGUAAACGACUUGUUUGUCACAGCGCCACUGGCCUGGUCUUUUUGUUUACAUCUUGUAAGAAACUUUGCUUCCACCUCAACACGUGAAACUUAACCAGGUCCCGCAGUUUAUGCAGAGCGAAUAGUAGCCUGUGUAUCAUAGAGAAUGUGCUGACUUCUUUAAAUCUAAUGCUAGCUUUAAAACAUACCUGUUAAGCGUUAUGCAUGACACUUUUUAUAGACUGUUUUGCAACUUACCAAAAAAAAAAAAAAAGACAGCUUUUAACUUUUAUGUAACUGAAUUUUAUUAAAAAAAAAAAAAAAAAGGGAUCUGUCAGCCUUGUUUGAUCUGGCCUUUCGAAGGGAACAAGAUGUCAAUAUUUUAGGUGAAGGUACAAUUAUGCAAGACGGAUGGAUAUGUCGUAUGCAUGCUGUGUGAAAUGUGACAAAUUCUCAGCUUAUCUAAUGUCUGUUCUGCAAUGGGAGCAAGUUUUAUUUGAAGAAUUAUGUCCCAAAGAUGCUUUUCGACCUCUCUACAUGUCGUCAAUGUCUCAUGAAAUGUGUUUUCAGUGCCAACUGCGGUUCAAUCUUAUCAGUUUGUGUCUUUUCUUCGAAAAGUGACUGCCAAACCCUUAAACCUGUUUAAUACAUUCUUCAGUUUUUGAGACUAAUGCUUAUGUAACACUGUGUAAUGUUUACAGUAGUUAUAUUGUAGGAUUUAUUGAACCUAUUCAUUGUGCCACACACUUGGUUUACCGUGCAGUCUUCUCUGUUAGACCUCUCUACAUAUUUUGGAAAUAAACAUGGGGAGAUUUUCA